CGGACCUUUGUCGGCUGGGUGUGGUAUGAGCGGGAGGCAGCCCUGCCCCAACGAUGGACCCAGGACCCAGACAUGAGAGUGGUGCUGAGGAUUGGCAGUGCCCACUAUUAUGCCAUUUGGGUGAAUGGAGUCCACGUGGCAGAGCAUGAAGGGGGCCACCUCCCCUUCGAGGUUGACAUCAGCAAGCUGGUCCAGAGUGGACCCCUGUCUUCCUGCCGUAUUACCAUCGCCAUCAACAACACGCUUACCCCCCACACCCUGCCGCCAGGGACCAUCCACUACCUCAAUGAUACUUCCAAGUAUCCCAAGGGUUAUUUUGUUCAGGACACGACAUUCGACUUCUUCAACUACGCGGGACUGCACCGGCCAGUGCUCCUGUAUACCACACCCACUGUCUACAUCGAUGACAUCACUGUCACUACUGGUGUGGAUCAAGACACUGGGCUAGUGAAUUACCAGGUUUCUGUCCAGGGCAGUGAGCAUUUCCAGCUGGAAGUGUUUCUUUGGGAUGAAGAAGGCAGAAUCGUGGCCAAGGGGACAGGGAGCCGGGGCCAGUUGCAAGUGCCCAGUGCUCACCUCUGGUGGCCAUACCUCAUGCACAAGAACCCUGCCUACCUAUACUCAUUGGAGGUGAGAUUGACUGCACAGAUGGCAUCCGGGCCUAUGUUUGAUAUCUACACUCUCCCUGUUGGGAUUCGCACAGUGGCUGUCACAGAGAGCCAGUUCCUCAUCAAUGGGAAACCUUUCUAUUUCCAUGGUGUCAACAAGCAUGAGGAUGCAGAUAUCCGAGGGAAGGGUUUUGAUUGGUCACUGCUGAUAAAGGACUUCAACCUACUUCGCUGGCUUGGUGCCAACUCCUUCCGCACCAGCCAUUACCCCUACGCAGAGGAGGUGAUGCAGCUCUGUGACCGCUAUGGCAUCGUGGUCAUCGAUGAGUGUCCUGGCGUGGGCAUCGUGCUGCCCGAGAGCUAUAGCAACGUGUCUCUCCGGCACCACCUGGAGGUGAUGGAGGAACUGGUGCGCAGGGACAAGAACCACCCUGCAGUGGUGAUGUGGUCUGUGGCCAACGAGCCCGCUUCCACCCUGAAGCCUGCUGGCUACUACUUUAAGACGGUGAUUUCCCACACCAAAACCUUGGACCCCUCUCGGCCUGUGACCUUUGUGACCAACUCCAACUACGCAAAAGACCAGGGGGUUCCGUACGUGGACGUGAUCUGUGUGAAUAGUUACUUCUCUUGGUAUCAUGACUAUGGGCACUUGGAGUUGAUUCAGCUGCAGCUGAAGACCCAGUUUGAGAACUGGUAUGGGACCUACCAGAAGCCAAUUAUUCAGAGCGAGUAUGGAGCAGAAGCCAUCCCAGGGCUUCACCACGAUCCACCUCUUAUGUUCACUGAAGAGUACCAGAGAAGUCUGCUGGAGCAGUAUCAUUUGGUUCUGGAUCAAAAACGCAAAGAAUACGUGAUCGGAGAGCUCAUCUGGAAUUUCGCCGACUUUAUGACUAACCAGUCACCACAGAGAGUACUGGGGAAUAAAAAGGGGAUCUUCACUCGUCAGAGACAACCAAAAAGUGCAGCAUUCCUCUUGCGAGAGAGAUACAGGAAACUUGCCAAUGAAACCAGCAAUCACUACUCAGGAGUGACGUCUCAGUGUUUGGGAAAUGGCCCAUUUCCUUUUUAAAGCCAAAACUACCUCUCUAUUGAUACCACUUCUAUCUGUCCCUUCCUUCCCAGUAAGGGGCACCUUCCACAGCAAUCAGCAAGUGCUUUCUGGACUAUUCAUGCAGACCAAAAGGCUUCUGGUCUGGAUUUUAUGGAGAUCUGCUGGAAGGGAAUGAUAGAGGUGAAAAUAAAGCUUUAUGUGACA